CAUAAAACCGAUAUUACUAAAAAUCUUUUUUUUCUCUAAAAUAUCAUGAUAUUUCCACCAACAUUUAUCCAGCCUUUAUCAAAAUACAGGUCCUUAACAGCUUUCUUAAAGCCUAUUGCUGAGCUUUAUAUGAAACUUGCUGGUUAUAGAAAACUUGGACUACGAUAUGAAGAUCUUUUACCAGAAGAAAAUGAUGCUAUGGAGACCGCUUUAAAGCGGCUACCAAAGUCAGAAGCCUAUGAUCGUGUGUAUCGGUUACGUACUGCUAUGCAAUGUUCAUUAACACAUACACUUUUACCUAAAAACCAGUGGGUUAAAGCAGAAGAAGAUACAAGAUAUAUUAGUGAGAUUUUGAAAGAGGUAGUAACAGAAAUGAAUGAACGAAAUGAACUAGAUACCCUGAUGUUGGAGAAAAGUCCUAAGGAAUGAGUCGACUAUAGAAAUGUUUUAAUAACGUUUGGAAGCGAAUUUGUUG